AUGGGCUCCAAUUCAAAGCGCCGAAACAGCGGCGCAGCUAACGGUGGCGCUUCACGCAGCACAGUUGAGACGGCACCAAAGCAGAGCCAGAGCACCAUGCAGCCGGCGCGCACGUCUGUGCCGCCUCCCAACAGCAGCAUGUCAGGCGACUGCAACGAAGGCAAGAUACCGAAGGGUCCUCCGGUGUUCGGGCCAGAGCCGCCACCAGAGCUGGCACUGGCGCGGGCAGCAGCAGCAGCAGUUGCUGCAGCUUCAAAGGGGUCUCAGACCAGGUCCUUGCAUCGGACCAGCCUACAGCUGGGUCUGGUAGACCCAAGCAACCCCAGCGCCAAAGAAGUCACCAUCGGCGUUGGUAUCGGCCCGCACAGUGGACGAGUCAUGGGAGGAGCCGAGUCUCUUGCACAAUCGGAAGCGGAGGCGGCAAAGUACUGGCAGGAGCGGAUUGCCGAGGUCAUAUCGAAGCCCGAAUUGCUGCUGAAGCAUGUACAGGCAGGGACCAUGUCAAUGUCAAUGUCGCCGUCUCUGGUCGACAGCGCCUCGUUCAGCACCGAUGCACCAGACUCAAUGCUGGCCGCAGCGUCCCAGCUCACGUCUGAACUGUCAGAACUGCUGGCACACAACCCAAAUCGCUUUGGCUUGGAGAUGAUUGAGUCCUCGGCUGCACUGGCGCCGCAGUUGGAAAUGGUACAUCGGUUCCAGGAUAUGGUCGACAGCAACCCACAGGCCGUGCCCAGUGCGCUGGUGGCUGCAGCUGCAGCGAUGCGGUCUGGGUCAAGUGGGUCUUCGGUUGACGCCGCCAGUAUCCGGAAGGCCACAGUAAGCAGACCUACACCAGAGCAGAGGCUGACAACCGAACCAGUCGAGCCGAGAUCCAGCAAUGGCGGGUUAUCAGCAGAGGCGGCUACAAAGGGUCCGGCGUACGCGGGGUUUGACUGGCUAACAGAAGAAGACACCUCGGGUCCUGUUGGUACGUUCCAGGGGUUUUACUCUGACGAUGACCUGAGCCACGAGUCGGAAACAGAAAGUGCGGCUAAAGGCUCUAAUCCACCCAAGGCGCCCAAGAAGAAGAGCAAGAAGAAGAAGAAGAAGGCGAAGGGCAAGGAAUCGGUGCGCGAGGAUCAGGUUGACCAGAGGUUUACUAAACCGCCACAACCGGCAGCCGAUGAGCCAGCAGCCCUGGCUGGCCAACACCCUGAUGCCCAGACGCAGUCCCGAGCCCGAAUGCCGCCUGGUGUUCCAAAAGCACCUGUGGCCAUGUCAAACUCGACGUCGCAGAUCAUUCAAAAGCUGUCAGCGGAUCCCAAGGUGCUUGAGAACACAAAGGCGAUCUGGAACAGCGACCGCAUCGAGGAACAACGACAGGUGCGCAAGUACUGGCUGUCGCUGAACGAGGUCGAGCGGCGGGCAUUUGUGCUGAUUGAGAAGGAGGUGGUUAUGUCGCGCGUGCGCGAGCACCAGAACUUUUCGUGCAACUGCAACUCGUGCACGCGCAAGCGAGAGGCCAUUGAGCAUGAGCUGGACUGCCUGUAUGACUGCUACUAUGAGGAGCUCGAGGUGAGCGUUCGGCGAGAGAAGAUGCGCCUGUCGGUGCUGGAGGCAAAGCGCACGGCCAGCGGAUAUUUCAACUCGGUCAUCGACCGAAUGGUUGAUUUGGCGUUCAACGAGGUCGAGCCCAGCCAACGAUCAGCGCGCAUGAAGGUCGACUAUCGCCGCGAGAUUCAGGAGAGCUUUCACCGGAGUGCGGCAGCAGGCCGGAAUCCAUACAUUCUCCAGCCGCUAAUCGGCGAUGAUGCAGCAGAAAGUGACAAUUCAGGGAAUCCGAUGACGAUGAAGGCGUGGAAGACCCUCGAGUCAAGCGGCUAUGUAGACCAGUGGACUGAAAUUAUUAUGGAGCUAUAUACCCGCAAGACGGAGUACCAGCGCGAGUUUGGCGACAAGUCGCCGCUCGACGAGGAUAACAGCGAAGACCCGCUCGACAACAACGAUCUGUUCUACACUGACAACCUGCUGAGCCCGAUCGAGUCGUUCCCAGCCGACAGCAAAAAGUUCUUUGAUAUGAUGGAACGCCUGGCAGACUACCGGAUGCGUCGCGAGGAUGCGCUGCUCGAUAAUGCUGCUGAUUCUGAACCGCGUCCCAAGGCUGGGUGCGAAGAGAUGACAUCCCAAGAUCACCACCACCACCACCAUCACCACCACCACCAUCAUCAUCAUCGCCACAACCACGACCACGGCCAUGAUCACGACCACGACCACGAUCACAGCCACAGCCACAGUCACAGCCACAGCCGCAACCGGCGUGAUUCUCAGGGGAGCCUAUCGCGCCGCUGUCCCGACUGCCAUGGUGAGAUCAGCGAUUCUGAAGACCGGCGAGCGUACUCUGACGCCGAAGGCCAUUCGUCUGCUUACCGUGCUCGGCGACGCGGCCGCUCGUCAUCGUCACACGCGCGCCAUUCCCAUGCCCCGUACAAGGUGCACGGACCGCGCUCUGCCGACAUUGAUGAUGUAAUUUCUGAUGAGGGGUUAGAGGAUGAGGAGGAGGAUGACGACGAUGAUGAUGACGACGACGACGAAGACGACCUGUUAGACGAGGAAGAUGACGAUCUUGAUGACGAUGAUGACGACGACGAUGACGACGACGAUGACGACGACGACGACGAUCUCGAGUCGCUUGACCCUGACCGUGCUGAGGAGCAGGCAGAGGAGGGCCGGCGAGUGUUUCAGCUCUUUGCAGCCAGGUUGUUUGAGCAGCGAGUCAUCAACUCUUACCGAGACCGGGUUGCACGGGAGCGACAGAAGCAGCUGAUUCAAGAGCUCGAGGAGGAGGAGAACCGGUCCAAGGCGAAAGAGAAGCGCAAGCAGAAGAAGAAGGAGCGCGAAAAGGAGAAGAAGCGCAAUUUGCAGCAGAAGAAGGAAGAGGAGCGGCUGGCGCGUGAGAAACAGCAAAAGGCUGAGCUGGAGCGCAAGCGGGCAGCUGAGGAGAAGCGCCGUCAGGAGCGCGAGAAGAAGAAGCGUGAGGAGGAAGCCAGGAUCCGCAGGGCUCAGGAGGAGCGCAACCGGAAGAUCCUCGAGCAGGCAGACCGGCGCUUGGAGCGUGAACGCCAGGAGAAGCUGCAGCGCGAGCAGGAGCAGCUAGUGAAGCUGCAGCGUGAGCGUGAGGAGCGCGAGCGCAAGGAGAAAGAGCGACUGGAACACAAGGGGAAAGCAAACGCCAAGGCGAUAGCUGAUGCAGCGACUGCGGCGGCGGCUGCUGAGGAGGAGGAGAAGGAGGAGGAGGAGAAGAAGCUAGCCAAGGACCACGAAAUGGAGGCUGAGCAGAAGCAGGUGGAGGAAGCAGCCAAGACCAAGGCAGCUGAUAUUGCUGGUAUUGCUGAUAUUGUUAAGCAGAAGCAAGCGGAGGAGACUGAGGUCCCAGCGCAGGUGCCAGUGCAGGCUGCUGCUGCUUUCGAGCAACCGGUAGUGCCUGCUGUGCCUGCUGUGCCUGCUGUGCCUGCUGUGCCUGUUGUUCCGCUGGCAGAGCCCGUUGCGGCAGUCCCUGUUCGGCCCGAGAUGCUGACCACCCCGCUGUCGGCAAUCUUGCCUGCUGUUCCUGUCAUGGCCAUGCCCCAAGCAGUACCGCCACCAGGCAUGUUCAGUAGCCCAAGCAUGCAGCCAUUGGACAACAUGAGCCGGACACCAAUUAUAAGCACUGCGCCCAGCUACCCGCUGGCGCAGACACCGCGGCAGAUGAUGCAUUCGUUCGAGCCCAUUGCUCCACAGCCGCACAUCCCGUUCUCGUCACCCAGUGCACGCGGGCGCGCAAACAGCGGCUCGCAGGUGUUCUCUGGUGCAACGGCUCUGCUGUCAUCGCCUGUUGUAUCUACACUGUCUGCGUCCGCAUCUGCAUCCGCAGCUCGGCCGCCAGCCAGCGAAUAUGACGCUGAGAUCUUGUCGAUCGUGGGCAAGGUCAUGGGAUCCCGCACGUUGCAGGACGAGCUCACUGAUGGUCUCGAGUGGCGUGCUGAACCUGACAGCUUCAUGGGCGGCAGUGGCCGGCUGGCAGCUCCACCCAAGAGUAGCCUGGCAACGACGUUUGGGCUGGGCAGCAGCCCAGCCGCUGGGUCGUCGGCCACCGACCUCUCAGCUCGGCGCAACUCGAUGCCGAUGCAUCGUGCAUCUAGCGAGAGUCGGAUCGCAACGCUGGCUCCUGGCGGCAGUCGUGGCAGUCUGUCGCUAGACAUUGAUAUCGAGGCUGUGUACAAGGCGUACUGUGCUCUGGAGAAGUUCCGGCGGGAUGCCAACAGCCUGGUGGGCAGCAGCUAUCACCCGGUGUCUGAGAUUGCCCAGAUGCAUGGGAAGCUGAGUGAGAGCGAAGUGUGGGGCAUCUGUGCCAAAUAUUCCCGGGCCAACCCAUCAGCAUGCAUGCUAGACCACAGCACGCACUCAGUUAUGUUCUCGGGAGAAUCCCCCGAGCACCAGGCAGCGCUUGUGGCGGCAACGGCAACAGCGCCGACGCCGGUCUCUGGUGCUACACUGCCACUUCACCUUUCGUCCGCCCUCCCGCCUCUAGGUAUGUCCAGCAGCAGCAUGUCGCAGUUUGGCGUAGAACCGCGGUCAACGCCUACCUCGCAGCUGUCCAUCAUCACCGAGGACAUGCUGAGUGCGUUUAGUCUGCAGACAGCGCAGACCAACAGCCCAAUACAGAUGCCGCAGCAGCCAUCGCAGCUGCAGGCACGGUCACCUAUGCUUGGCCAUAACGCAGCGCUGCUUCAGAACAGCACUGCUGGCGGUCUCCUGUCGGGUAGCCGUGUCCAGCCGCAGUCGCUGACACUGCCGCAGACACCUACACGGCCGCUGAUCCCAUCGCCGCUGCUUGGUCAGCAGCAGCAUCAGCAUCAGCAGGCAUUGGGUAGUGGAUAUGUUGCUGUUGCUCAGCCCACCACGGCGUCCAUGUACUUUAAUCCGCUGAUGGUGCCUGGGGCAGCACUGCAGCAGCAGCAUUCGCAGCCACCGCUCAGCGCACCAAUCCUCGGGCAGGGUGGGCAGUACCCCCCGACUCAGCUGGGGAUGGGUGGUAUCCGCAACGGAGCGGGGCUGUUCGGGAUGCCGUAUCCUCAGCAUCAGCAUCAACAUCAGCAACAGCAGCAACAGCUGCAGAUGCUCCAGCAGAACCUUCAACAGCAGCAGCUGCGCUAG